AUGAGUGGGGGAGGUGACCAACUAGACGAACUUACCUUACAGUUUGCUGGGCUCAACAUUCGGAUUGGGCGCGCGCGGGCUGCCUCACCUCACUCUUCUGCCGGCUCCUUUGAAUUGGUGGAUCUCCCUUCAAGCGCCCGGGCUUCAACCGGACCCCUUGAAGGCGCAUCUGCGCCCGCACCUCGAGUCCUCGCCCCUUCGGAGGAGGAGUUGCUGGAUUUGCUUGAGGCUGCAGAUUACAACGGCAUUGAGCUGGGCAUUUACUCUGGGCUCGCUCGCUCUAUUGGGCCAGCCGGUUCCUGGACUGCACAAGGCCGCGUGGCGCGGGCAAUCCGAGCGGGCUACAGUGCUAAGCGCAAGCUUGCGGGGGACUCGCGUUAUCAACUUACAUCUCCUAGGGUGCCGCUAUCCAACAGGUGGUACGUGGUCUUGCGGUGCAGUGCCUAUCCGCAGGGCUUUGUGACUCAGAGCUUCAGCGUGUACCGGACGCACUGCUUCGACGCAGCUGCGCGAGCUCCCGAGCGGGGCUCUGUUAGCCACGCCUUCGCAUCCCUCACAGAAGCCCAGGCAGAUGUGCAGCCGCUGGUGCCUUCCGAACCGGGGCGGCCCUUGGGUUUUCUUUACUUGGUGGAUGCCGAGGAACACGCCACUUGGAGGACCACUGCCUUUGUACUUCGAGUUCGCCGCGGAGGCUUCCUUGUCGGGGUGCCCAACGAGGACCGGGUGCUCUCCGUUCUCACCGCUAUGUCGGGCGACGAGACCGAGGAGGUCAUUGUCUUCAAGCUCGCUGUGGUGGAGGCGGAGACCCCUCGAAGGCGAGCGGUGGGCGAGAUCGAGAUUCUCCUGGUCGAUGUGCCGUGGUCCUACUUAGGUCUUUUCCGGAAGCCUGCACCGCGGGCCACCGGGCUGCCCGAACUGGUUCCUUUCAAGAAAGGCGAUGUGGUGGUGCGGCCCAUCCGCGAGAGCGCCAUUGGAGCCGCCGAGGCCUGGAUCAGCGAAGUGAUCGACGACCCCGCGCUGAUCGAGUACCAGACCGCGGAAAGCCAGCACGACGACGAGGCCGGCGAGGAGGACGAGGGCGAGGCCGGGGAACAGGAGGAUGCAUCAAGCGAGGUGAUCCGCUUGAGGGCUCGGAUUGCGGAGCUCCAAGCUCGUACCGUGCCUCCUGCGACCCAGCCGCGGCCGGGGGCCAACCGAGGAGCUCGCACUCUGUUUCCGGAUGCCAAGCAGGAGUCCCUUUCAGCAGAGCAGUGGAACCAACUUCGCGCAGCAGCGGGAGGACCACCGGGCAGAAUGGCCAGGCACGAGCGCAAGCCGAGGGAUCCCAAAACCGUGGUCGCCGACGACGAGCUGGCCGAAGAGGAGUGCGGAGCAAGGCCGGAGGAUACAUCGGGCGAGGGCUCUCUGUUGCAGCAGCUGCUAAUCACUCAGACCAAGUUGCUGGAACGCUUGACAGCGGGCCGGCCUUCGGAUCCGAUUUCGGCCGCCCUCUCAGGAGCCUCCGGGUCUUCAGACAGCAGCAUGGGGUCGGCGAAGGGCAUCACAGCUCGCGAGGCCUAUGUGAAGUUGAUCGAGCAGCAACCCUCUCAGGUGGCGACGGCCAUCAGGACCGCAGCUGCCCACGAGCUGGGUCACGACCCGGCAAAUCCCCCAUCGUCUCUGAUGAGAACUUACGUGGAGCGCAAGAUGAUCAUCGGAGAGCACAGGCAGCUGGCUUUGAUCGCGCACUUCUUCGGCCAUUGCUGGGAGGCCGCUCGGGAGGAUCACAACGAGCAGAUGGAGUUCUGGAUGGCGCGAGGACUGCUGAUGCUGGAUCAAUUCGGAGUGGAUCAAGGAAGGACAACGAUGGGGUGGUUGUUUGCCGCCCUGCCGGACCCUUUAUGGUCCCAGCUCCAGAGGAAACGAUCCGGCUUAAAGCCGUACGCACGGUUGGCUGCCGGCCCGUGGGUGGCAGCAAAUUGUGCGUUUCUGCGCGAUUUGGAUUAUUUGGACAGUCGGCUCAAAUCUGCAGCCGCACCGACGGGACAGCCCACCACCGACCCUCCGGCCGACGGCGACGACGACGACGACAGCAAGGCUCGCCGCCUGAGACGCCCGAAGAGAAAGCCGGGCAAACCAGGGGACACGACAGCCUGA